UGUGGCCUCGCUCGGCGUCGGAGCUUCCUGACAAUAAAAGUGCAGCGUCUGUGUUCUCGACGGAAGGAUGGCUCCGAGUCCUCCCCUCUAACGCAAGGAUACUUUUUUUUUUUUUAAUCAUUCAUGAACGCUGGUGGAAUAAAACACUUGUUUGCGGCAUGAGCCAUGAGCCAAAGUCACCAUCAUUAGGAAUGAUCUCCACAGCGACGCGAACCACGGCGACAGUCAGCCCCCUCACCCCGUCACCUCUUAACGGCUCCAUCGUAGCAAAUGGAAGCCCAGCUGCCCAGUCAGCGCACUCUGGAUUUGCCGCAGCCCUCCGUAAACUGGCUAAACAAGCCGAAGAGCCUCGAGCUGCAUCCUCCAUCAGCAGCGAGUCAUCUCCUGUGUCAUCUCCAGCCACCAACCACAGCUCUCCGGUCAGUACACCCAAGAGAGGUCCCCUUGGUCCAGGACCGGUCCUGGUUCCCCCAGCGGGACACAGUGUGCCAAACACUCCACCUGUAGUCACCAUUGCUCCAACAAAAACGAGCAACGGCCUGUGGCGGACCGAGGGACGCCAGGCUGACUCGGGGCCUCGAGGGACCAGCAGGGAACGUCUGGGUGCUGAGGGAACCUUCUCACAGGAGAAAGGUGGCCCCUCAGUCCCUGCUCACCUCCUGGGAAACCCCUAUGCCUUCGGUCUCACCCCUGGUGCCGUCAUGCAGGACUCUCGUUUUCAGCCCCUAAACCUGCCUAGACAGUUGCCUAAUACUGUGCCACCCGGUCCUAUACCAGAGGAAUACCUCCGGGGAUUUCGGCCCUAUGCCACAGCUGAGGAUGCCCUUAGGAUGCCAUCUUUGCCUUUAGGCCUGGACCCUGCGACAGCAGCUGCUGCAGCUGCCUAUUACCACCCCAGCUACCUGCCCCACCCCUCAUUCACUCCAUACAGGAUGGAUGACCCAUUCUGCCUCUCUGCUUUAAGGUCACCUUUCUAUCCAUUACCAGCAGGGGGAGCUUUACCCCCCAUCCAUCCUUCUGCUGUUCACAUGCACCUACCAGGGGUCCGCUACCCUGGGGACUUUGCACACCCUUCAUUGUCAGCACUGCAGUCUGAGAGGCUCCAGCUGGAAGAUGAGCUGCGGCAGCGCGAGCGUGAGCGUGAACGAGAGCGCGAGCGAGAACGAGAGCGAGAACGCGAAAAAGAGAGGGAGCGCGAGGCAGAAAGGGAAAAAGAGCGGGAGAGGGAACGAGAGCGCGAACGGGAAAGAGAGAAGGAGCUGGAGAGGGAAAGAGAGCGUGAAAGAGAACGAGAGCGCGAGAGAGAACGAGAGAAGGAGAAGGAAAGGGAAAAGGAACUGGAAAGGCAGAAGGAGAGAGCUCUGAGAGAGAAGGAGCUGCAGGCGUCCAAGGCCAUGGAGAACCACUAUCUCACUGAGCUCCAUUCUUUAAGGGGACAAGAGGAACGAACCAAGCCUGAGAGACUGACGCCCAGUCGGGCUGACAAAACCAAAGAGCCCGCCCUUCCAGCUCCCAAACCAGUCCCACCUGGAAUCCACUCGUCAAUGAUUCAACCCCAUCAUCCCAUUCCUGGUCUGAUCUCAGGCCACAGCCUUUACUUGGGGCCCAGCACUGUAGCCACGGGGCUCCCAGCCGCAACGAUCCCACAGAGGCCCAACGAGGAGGAGCGGUGGCUGGCGCGACAACGCAAGCUGCGGCAGGAGAAAGAGGAUCGUCAGUACCAGGUGUCUGAAUUCCGCCAGCAGGUUCUGGAGCAGCAUCUGGACAUAGGCCGGCCCGCUGACGUCCCAGAUCACAGGACAGACUCGCACAGGUCCUUACAAAAUCCUCAUGAACCAGGAAGCAGAGAACAUCACCCUCUAUUAGGUGCCCCUCCACCCCUCAUCUCCCCCAAACCUCCACAGCCACCUCGUGAACACCACCCUCCACCCCCCACUACCCUGUGGAACCCCGUAGCUCUUAUAGAAACUGCCUCCGAAUCCAGACGUAACCACGAGCUCUCAGGGAUGGGGCACUACGAGCUCAGUCGGCUGCCCCCAGGCCCCUUCAAAUAUGAAGAUGCAUCUCGAAGGCGUGAUGUGGGAGCCAUGGAGAAAUAUCCUCCACUGAGAGCUCCUCCAGGACUUCCUGAGCCCAGCACCUUCCUUGCUGAGCUGGAGAAAUCCACCCAGACCUUGUUGAAUCAGCAGAGGGCGUCGCUGCCUCUAUCGAGCCAGUAUGAAAUGGAAGGAAGCACCAAAAUCAGUGGGUUGAAGAACUUCCAGGGACAUCCGGGGCAAGGUAGACAUGGACAAGGUCUUGGAAUGGUCCCCGGGUCAGGGAUGGUACAGGCAGCUCCAUCGGGGAUGGGUCCAGACUCGAUGCUGAUCUAUGCCGAGUUUCUCCAGCAGCACCGGAGGCCUGUCAGUAAACUGGAUCUGGAGGAGAAGAGGAGGAGGGAGGCCAGAGAGAAAGGUUACUAUUAUGAACUGGAUGACUCGUAUGAUGAGAGUGAUGAAGAGGAGGUGAGAGCCCAUCUCAGGAGAGUAGCAGAGCAGCCCCCACUCAAGCUCGAUGACUCCACAGAGAAAUUAGAUUUUCUGAAACAUGUAGGCCUGACUACGGUCGGCAGGCGUGAUGAGCUCGUGCAGCAGAAGAGAAGGAAAAGAAGGAGAAUGCUCAAAGAGCGUAGCCCUUCGCCACCUGCCUCACAAUCAAAACGCACUCCUCCCCCUCCUCCUCCUCAGCUCAGCACACGCUUCACUCCUGAGGAAAUGGACAAGGCACCAGAGCUGGAGGAUAAGAAGCGAUUUCUCACUAUGUUUAAACUCUCCCAUGUCACUAUGCAGCAGAGAAAAGACAAUGAAAGGGUGGUUGAACUGCUUCAAGCCAUUAAAGAAAAGAGUGUAACCUUGGAUGCCAUCAGGCAUGCACCUCAUCCACUGUGCAAGAGUCCUCCAUCACAGACCUCUGAUCCAGCAUUUACCCAACAGUCCUCUGAAUCUGAAGACCAACAUAAUGUCAGACAUCAUAGCCCCCCCUUACAUUGCCCAGCAUCCCCCAAUGGCCAUCCAAAACCCCUUGGAGACACAUUAAGGCCAAAAGAACCCCCCUCUCCAGCUGUAUACCCAGACAAGGCCCGGGGGCCCAGUGAAGGUCCCAUCUCAAAGAGGAGCUCCAGUUUGCUAAACAGCUUGCGGCCCCCACUCCCAUUGCAAGCUAAAGAGGGACUUCAGAGCAUCAAUGGACGCACAAAACCCUGGGACAGCUUCACCCCGGAGGAAUUUGCCCAGCAGUUUCAUGAAUCUGUGCUCCAGUCCACUCAGAAAGCUCUGCAGAAACACAAAGGGACAGCUGUGGGUGUGACUGAGUCGUCCCACCUCCAGGAGUCUUCUGUGCACUACAACAUCCCUGAGCUUCAGAACACCUCCAGCCGGCAGCCACAUUCACAGUCGCACUCGAACGCAGCGUUGUUUCCCCAUCCACUGUCGCACGCUCACCCUCAGCCUAACGGACAGCACUUUUCCAUGCCCCUCCACAAGGAGGUCACCGUGAUGAGGGAAGACCUCUCUGGUCCUGAGAACUCUGAUGAGGAAGAGGAGGAGGAAGAGGAGCCUCCGGUUUCCAAGUGGCAGGGAAUUGAAUCUAUAUUUGAAGCUUAUCAAGAUUAUAUUGAAGAGCAAAGUUUGGAGAGACAAGUGUUGCAGAGCCAAUGUCGCAGGCUAGAAGCACAGAACUACAACCUGAGUCUGACCGCUGAGCAGCUGUCUCACAGCAUGGGGGAGCUGAUGUCCCAAAGACAAAAGCUGGCGGUGGAAAGGGAGAAGCUACAAGCAGAGCUGGAGCACUUCAGGAAGUGUUUGACACUGCCACAGACACACUGGCCGAGAGGCGGCCAUUACAAAGGCUACCCUCCAAGGUGACCCCAACACUCUGAUCGGACACCCCCAACAAUCACCCCUCCAGACUUAGACCCAGAGUUUAUUUUUCCACAGCCUGGUCCUCGUGGCUCCAUGAAGGAGAAUAUGGCUGGUUAGAUAAGAUUAAAGAAAACAAAUGGACCCAGACAGGUGAAUGCACAGGAGACGGGAGCAUUCGGUGAUGGACAGUCAAGUCUUUGGAUUGUCGGGGUGUGCACCCGAAGCCACCAGCGCGUGCCAAUGUAGCCAACCAGAGAUCAGUGAGGCUAACCUGAGCGAGGAGAACCUAUAAAUCAACACACACACACAGCGUCACCUGCUUUCUGUCGUUCAGCCCCUGCAUCCCCGGGCGCCACAGCCACACAGACAAUCCUGCCAAUGAAGGAGCAGCUUCCCCCUGGAGGGGGUUUUGUCACAAGACUUGAAAGCUCCACGCGAAGGCUUCCAGUCAGUCGGGACUGAUUUUUAUUGCAGCGGCCACGUGAGCUCUUGAACUGGAAAUGCACUUAAGAAUAAAAGCUGAAGAACUACCUGGUGGUACUGUGUUACAACAAAAAACUAUUUGAAUUACGGAAGAAUUUAGAAAAUGUACUUUCUUUUUUUUUCUUUUUUUUUUUGAAAGAAUUAAGGAAAUGGUUUAUUUCGAAAUAGAAAAUUUGAAAAGAAUUUUAAAGGGUGCUUCAGCCUUGUAUUGUAUAUAAUAUGAAGACAAAUGAAUUUUGUAUGUUUUUAUUACGUUAAUCAUUGUUCUUUUAAAAGAAAAAGCCU